GUCUUCUUCUUCCACUUCCUGGGAGGGGCCAUGGUCUUCUUCCUUUCAGUGAUGGCCUAUGAUCGCCUUGUGGCUAUCUCCCGGCCUCUCCACUACGUCUCCAUCAUGAACACCCAGCUCUGUAUGGGACUGGUGGUGGCUGCCUGGGUAGGAGGUUUUGCUCAUUCCAUUAUCCAGCUGUCUCUGAUGCUUCCAUUGCCCUUCUGUGGCCCCAAUGUCCUUGAUAACUUCUACUGUGAUGUCCCCCAAGUGUUGAGACUUGCCUGCACGGAUACCUCCCUCCUGGAGUUCCUCAUGAUCUCCAACAGUGGGAUGCUGGAUGUCAUCUGGUUCUUUCUCCUUCUGAUCUCUUACUUGGUCAUCCUAGUGAUGCUGAGGUCGCACUCAGGGGAGGCGAGGAGGAAGGUGGCAUCCACCUGCACCACCCACAUCAUUGUGGUGUCUAUGAUCUUCAUUCCAAGCAUUUACCUGUAUGCCCGGCCCUUCACCCCCUUCACCAUGGAUAAGGCUGUGUCCAUCAGCCACACGGUUAUGACCCCCAUGCUGAACCCCAUGAUCUACACACUCAGGAACCAGGAGAUGCAGGCAGCCAUGAAGAGACUAGCAAAACGCUUAGCAAUUUGCAACAGGGAGUGA